AAGUUAAGAGUAGAAGAAUUUGUUGCAGAGAAACACGGAAGAUGUUUGUGCUUAUACCGAGACCGAGUCUAAUAUAAGGAAGGAAUAGACAAGUUAGGAAGGAAGGUCGUCCAAGAAAUUAAAACAAAACACAUAAAUUGACGCGGGCGGGAGACGACGACCAACGGAGAACUACUAGAGGAUGGACGGUUCUGAUCAAAAGUCAAAGCAUCUAGAACUUCAUUCUCUCCGUUGAUUACCACAGGGAAAGGGAGAGCAGCAACUGCGACGCGACGGCAGGCGUUUCAUUUUGAUUUGCUUCCAUCCUUCCUUGUUACCUUGGCCACAACGCCCAUAAGCACAACAAGGAGAAGGAGAAGACAGUAGAUCUCGAAGAAGAAGAAGAAGAAGAAGAAGAGGAAGAGAUGGGCGAGUCGAAGCUGAUAUACGCGAUGGUGGCUCGAGGGACGGUGGUGCUGGCGGAGCACGCGGCGUACGCCGGCAACUUCCGGGACAUCGCCGCCCAGUGCCUGCACAAGCUCCCCGCCGGCGACAACCGCCUCACCUACACCUGCGACGCCCACACCUUCAACUUCCUCAUCCACCAAGGCUACGCAUACUGCGUCGUUGCAACCGAGUCGACAGGACGGCAGAUACCUCUUGCGUUGCUAGAUAUGAUCAAGGACGAUUUCAACAAGAGGUAUGCAGGAGGAAAAGCAGCCACAGCUGCAGCCAACAGCCUCAGCCGAGAUUUCGGUCCAAAGCUUGGAGAGCAGAUGCAGUACUGCAUGGAUCACCCUGAGGAGGUGAGCAAGCUAGCCAAAGUGAAGGCUCAGGUCUCUGAAGUAAAAGGCAUCAUGAUGGAAAACAUUGAGAAGGCCAUUGAUCGCGGGCAGCAGAUCGACGUGCUUGUCACAAGGACAGAGCAACUCCAUGAUCAGGCUGCUGAUUUCAGGCAGCAAGGGACACGAGUGCGGCGCAAGAUGUGGUAUCAGAACAUGAAGAUCAAACUGAUCGUCCUGGGUAUCAUCAUCGCGCUCAUCCUCAUCAUAAUCCUCUCCGUUUGCCGCGGCUUCAAAUGCUAGCUGCUUGUUUGUUUCUUUCAUUUAAUUUUCACUCCACAUUGUUGUUGUAAAUCUGGUCUGGCACGGGAAAAUGAGUUACUACUACUAGUAGUAAAACAGAGUGUUAGUAAGACUAAUUGAAUCGAUUAUUAUUGGAGUAGAACUGCUUGCUUGCUUAGCGUCCAACCGGCGCCUCGUCGUCCGACGCCGACAUCAACCAGGACAUGUCCGUGAGCGGCGACAGGGCCUCGUCGACUUGUGCUGCUUCCGUUAUUCUGACUGCAUCAUCGGUGGGUGAAGGCGCACUGGGCCAUCCAAAGAGGAAGGCGGCCGGCCAUGUUGCCGCCCCGUGGGACCUGCCGGCUGCAGCUGCUGCUUGCGGAGAUUGGACUCGACUCGACGAUGCCAUAGCGCGCGAUGUCCGUCCGAAUUACACUCGAUCUGCUGCUCUCCGAUUCCGAGACGAUGGAGGCGGCUAGCUACUCAGUGGACCGAUUGGGCCCACUCA